GCGCUCUCCCCAUGCCGUCCCGGACAGUCGGUACCUAAAGGUUUACGCAUCGGUGGCAGCUCCUUCCCCGGGAUCGCAAGUGAGCGCGAGUCCCCGGGACUCCUGCAGGAAGAAAACUCUGGGUAUCGCUAGUUCAGGACGCAGGAAGGACUCAGUGAGUUUGGGGCGAAAUGCAGGCUGCAAUUCUGGCUUCUCCGUUGUUGGGAGCUGCGUGCGGGUCCCCGGAGAAGGGUCCCACGGAGCUCGGCCCGUCCUGCGGCCUGAUUCCCGGGACCCCGUCUUGCAGAGCGGCCGGCCAGCAACCCGGUACAUGGCUAAGGCUUGGAUACCAUCUGAACCUUAUCGGAAUUUUACAGUUUCUUCAUGGUCAAUACUAGAUGGAUUUGAGAAAUGGCUAUCAUCAAACUGAACUUGAAAAUCAUUUUUCAGCUGUUUAAGAAGAGAAUUUUUUUGCCUUUGAAGCUCUUAUUUUUUGUCUUUACGGUGCUUCUAUUUUGUGAAUUUUUAAUCUAUUAUGUAGUGAUCUUUCAGUGUGAUUGGCCAAAGGUGAAAACUCUAAUCAAUGAUGGGGAACAAGAGAGACCAGAACCAGUACUGAAAACCAUGUUCUUGGCUGAUACCCACUUGCUUGGAGAAAUUAGAGGCCACUGGUUAGACAAAUUACGAAGGGAAUGGCAAAUGGAGCGAGCUUUCCAGACCGCUUUGUGGGUGUUGCAGCCAGAAGUUGUCUUCAUUCUGGGGGACAUCUUUGAUGAGGGGAAGUGGAGCUCUUUUCAGGCCUGGGAAGAUGAUGUGAAGCGAUUUCAAAAGAUGUUCAGACACCCAAGCCAGGUACAGCUGAAAGUGGUCGUUGGCAACCAUGACAUUGGCUUCCACUAUGAAAUGAACAGAUACAAAGUAGAACGCUUUGAGAAUAUUUUCAACCCAGAAAGGCUGUUUUCCUGGAAAGGAAUUAAUUUUGUGAUGGUUAACAGUGUUGCAAUGGAAGGAGAUGGCUGUAAUAUUUGCUCUGAAGAGGAAGCUGAACUCCGUAAAAUCUCUCGCAGACUGAAUUGCUCCCUAAAGGAAUCUGGUUCCCGCCACUGUGGACAUGGGCAGCGGCUGCCAGCAUCAGCCCCAAUUCUUCUGCAGCAUUUCCCACUGUAUCGGAGAAGUGAUGCAAACUGUUCUGGCGAAGAUGCAGCCCCACCAGAGGAAAGGAAUGUGACCUUUAAGGAGAGAUAUGAUGUGCUUUCCCAGGAUGCUUCCCAAAAGCUGCUGUGGUGGCUGCGGCCACGUCUGGUGCUGAGUGGCCACACGCACAGUGGCUGUGAGGUGUUCCAUGGGGCAGGCAUCCUUGAGCUUAGCGUGCCAUCGUUCAGUUGGAGGAACAGAAACAAUCCGAGUUUCAUCAUGGGCAGCCUGACAUCCAGAGACUAUGCCCUUGCCAAGUGCUACCUCCCAAUGGAGAACACAGUUCUGACCAUAUACUGUGGAGCCGCUGGACUACUUGUGAUCCUCGUGUUAAUUCACUUGUCACUUCUACCCUCAACAUUUCAUUUUGGUAGAAACCUGCUCAGGAAAUACAAGACAAAGUGAGGAGCUGGAAGCUUUUAGAUUUAGUCCUAAAUCACAAAGCCAAAGAAACAGAACUUCGGGCAGUGCCCAUGUGAGAUGAGACCAAAGUAGGCUACCUUGAUUUACAGCAUGGAAAUUCUAAGUCACCAAUGCAAAUCAUUGCAGUAUAUAUAGUUGAUUCUACUGUUCUCAUGCUAUAAAAAUGGA